AAUUAAUAUAGCAUUGCAUGAAGCCAGCAGCUAAAUUUGUGUCUUCAGACUGAGAAGCGUGUUAUGUAUUGGACUACAUUUGCAAGUAGUAGCCCUUCUAUGCUGCUAGCUAAGACCCUGUGAAAAGCUAUGUCUCACCGCAAGUUUUCAGCUCCAAGGCAUGGCCAUAUGGGGUUUCUUCCUCGUAAGAGGAGUCGUAGGCACCGAGGAAAGGUAAAAACCUGGCCCAAGGAUGACCCAAGUAAGCCUGUUCACCUGACUGCUUUUCUUGGCUACAAAGCAGGCAUGACCCAUAUUUUACGAGAGACCCACAGAACUGGAUUAAAGAUUUCAAAAAGAGAGGAAGUAGAGGCAGUUACUAUCAUUGAUACGCCACCUAUGGUUGUUGUGGGGCUUGUAGGAUAUGUGGAAACACCACGAGGACUCCGAAAUUUUAAAACAAUUUUUGCUGAACACAUCAGUGAUGAAUGCAGACGUCGUUUCUAUAGGAACUGGCACAAGAGCAAAAAGAAGGCUUUUACAAAGUACUGCAAGACGUGGCAGGACGAAGAAGGAAAGAAGCAACUGGAGAAGGAUUUUCAAGCCAUGAAAAAGUACUGCAAAGUUAUACGAGCCAUUGUUCAUACACAGACAAGACUGCUCCCUUUAAGACAGAAGAAAGCCCAUAUAAUGGAGGUGCAGUUGAAUGGAGGAACUGUUGCAGACAAGGUCGACUGGGCGCAUGAGAUGUUAGAAAAACAAAUCCCUGUGUCUAGUAUUUUCCAGCAGAAUGAAAUGAUUGAUGUCAUCGGUGUCACCAAGGGCAGGGGAUUUAAAGGGGUCACUUCCCGCUGGCAUUGCAAAAAACUGCCCAGAAAGACCCACAAAGGUCUCCGCAAAGUUGCCUGCAUUGGAGCCUGGCAUCCGGCUCGAACUGCUUACUCUGUUGCCCGUGCAGGUCAGAAAGGGUACCAUCACCGCACCGAGAUCAACAAGAAGAUUUACAGAAUCGGUCAAGGCAUUCACAUGGAAGAUGGUAAACUUGUGAAGAACAAUGCUGCUACCACUUACGAUCCCACCGAUAAAUCAAUCACUCCACUGGGUGGAUUUCCUCACUAUGGAGAAGUCAACAAUGAUUUUGUUAUGCUCAAGGGCUGUGUUGCAGGCACUAAAAAGAGGGUACUUACACUCAGAAAGUCUCUCCUUGUCCACACAAAACGUUCUGCAGCUGAGAAUAUUGAGCUUAAGUUUAUUGAUACCACCUCCAAGUUUGGCUACGGACGUUUCCAGACGGCACAGGAGAAGAGGGCUUUUAUGGGUCCCCAGAAGAAAAGCAUUACAAAAGAGAAACCAGAGCUCAAGGAAGGCGAGGAAGACUUGUGAUGUGUCACAUACUUAUAUGCACAAUGAUUAUUGAAAUGUGAAAUAAAUAUUCCUCAUGCUUA